AUGGAUAUUGAACGUCUAAACAGGAUAAAACAAAUUUGUUUUAACAAAGGAGCGAAUGCUAAUAAUAAGCAAGGUGGAGGAAAAAGAUAGCCAUUUUAAUCAUCUAGAUCACCAAUAAACAGAGAUAAGUAAUUUGGUAAGGAAAACCAAGAAAAUGUGACUUAGAUCUUGCCAACAAAGUAUCAAAAGAAAGAUCAUUUAAAAGAGAAGGAAAUUGAGGUUACUUAGCAUUUCGAGAAAAAGCAAUAGAAACUAUAGUAAAAUAUCAAAAGAUUCAAUGAAAUGACGAGACUAAAAAAGCAGAGAAGAGGGUAAGAUUAGAGACAGGCUAAUUAAACUUAUAAUAUUGAUCUAAACCCUAAGUCUAAUUCAUAAUCACCUCAAAGAAAUGAAAGAAAUUUCACUGGGACAGAUUUGAACAAUUUGGGAUCUCCUAUCAGACAAAGAGCAAGCUCAGCUAUGAGAUCCCAGUCUAAGAAUGUAAUUUAGCUCGUUCCCUCAUAGUACCAAAAGAAAUCAGUCUCACCUCAUAUGAGAUCGAAUUACUAUGAAGGAGGCAGCAUAAGUCUAUGUGAAACUUCUUAGUUCGCCUUUAAUGAAGAUUAUUUGUAGUAUGAUGAGGAAAAUUAGAAAAUUUGCUAGGUGAGACAAACUCUGAACAACAUCUUGAAUUCAUUCCAAAUGAAUUCAUAAAAUAAGCUAAUUCCUUCUAAAAGUCUCGAGGAAAUAAGGCUCAAGCUAAAUGGUGCUCUUGAUAAACUGAUCAAGGUGAGACUUUAGGACAAUCCCAGCUACAUUUCAAAUAUAAUUCAUGGAUGUUUAAAUGAACUUGGUCAAAGAUUACUGCAAUAUUCACAGUAAUAAAACAUGAGUGAAAAUGAUUAUAGGAAUAUGAAGCACUUACUCUAUGAGACUUAAGAGCAAAAUGUAGUAGUUGACAUAUAAACAAUGACGAUUAGGCUGUUACAAUAUGUGAGACAUACUAACUACCUUAUUGGACUUCAAAAACUCAAAAGCACAAUUAAUGAGGCAUAAGUCUAUCAGACUAAGGAAUUCUUUUAAAUACUUAAGUCAAAGAAUAAUCUAAGGUUGAGAUAAUAUACCUUCUUAAAGCUAAUAACUGAAAGAGCAUAAAACAAAUUCUAGUAUUCUCAUAUCCUGCGGUAUUUUAAUUAAUGGAAAUCAGAGACUAUAUAGCUUUCAGCAAAUAUAGAUCAAGAAAUUUCUAAAAAGAACUAAAGUUUUAACACUCAUCUCUUUAAGGACAUAUAUAUGAAUAACAAUUUUACUCUGAAUGCAACUAAAUUUAUCAAAGGUUGUGUGGAAAUCAUUGAAAGAAAUUCGCAAUAAAUUUAAGUUGACAUUAUAUAUCAACGAAGAGACAAUCUUGUGGUUUAUUAAGAAGGGACUGAAGAACCCAUAGUAGUUUAAGAUUAGACUAGUCUAUUGAAAGACUUUGUCUCAGAUUAUAGAUAAAAGUUCAUGAUAUAAACAAAUGCAAUCCAAAAGAAAUAAUUCAAUAAGGAAGUAGAUUGUCCAUUUAUAGAGUAGAAAUCUCUGUACCUCUAAAAAACUACUAAUCUUUAGCAAAUCUUGGUUGCCAUCCACAAAAGAAAAGUUGAAUUUGAUAGUCAGAAAAGAAAGCAAAUGGUGAUUAGGCUAAGCUUUUAGAAUAUGCCUACUAUAUCCGACUAAUCAUAGCUAUUGUACAAAUAAAUUUUCAAGAAGGUCAUGACACUGAUUCAAAGCUCAUAUUCUUCAUAUAGAAUGCUUUAAAAGCAACUGAGGAAUUCAACUGGAUUUUAAAAUGCUGUUAGCAACCAAAAUGAAUAGUCUAUAGUAAAUUAGAGCUAAACUGAAUAGUUAAUUAAAGAGCUUAACUACUUGUAAGAAAAAGCUCUUGAAUUAAACUGCAACAGUACUAUAGCAGAUUUGUUUAAGUUCAUCAAUCAGGUUACAUUUGAAUUAUUUUAGUAUGAAAGAUGUAGUAUACUAUAGUACUAGAAUGGGUAAACUACCAGAAUUUAUGAUAACAGUAAGCAAUCGAUAAUGAGUCUAGGAUAGGUUGAUGAUAAUAAAACUUAAGAUUCUAUUUAAGAGUUGAUAAGGCAUCAACUUGAAAUAUCGUAGGAUGAUUCACUCGAUAAUAACAUUAUCAGAUUAAAACAACAGAUAUACUCUUAGAAAGAUUAAUUUGAGAUGAAUAGAUAGUCAAUCACAGAUAUGGUUGUUAUUGACUUAGAACUAAAUAAGAGUAGGGGAAACGAUAUAUCCACUUUAUAUAUUCUAUCUCAAUCAAAUACAGAGAUUGUAUCUCAAUAUAAUUAGAAAUUCUUCUUGAGAUUGGAGUAGAAACUAGAAAAGGAAAAAGAUCAACAAAAUUUCCUUCUCAAAUAUUAAAAUAAGCAUAUUCUUUUCAAACAGAUUGCAAAACUGUUUAAUAUGGUAAUUGCUAAAAUAAAAACUCUUGAAGGAAAAAAAACAGUCGAAACAGAGAAUAAUUAGGAGUAAAACGAACUAGACUUUGCUAAUUUGACUUAAAUGAAUGAAGAGUAUAGGUAGAAAUUAAAGCUAAAUGAGGAGAUUGAAGAGUUUUUAGAUGAACUCAAGAAUGCUUAAGCUAUUGUUUGCUUUGAUUAACUUUAAUCAAGGCUUCAUGAAUUUUUGAAGGAUAAAAUUCCAAAUAUAGCAAAAACUUAGUUAUUUUUAACCAAGGAUGAAGCGGGCCAGUUGCUAUAUACUUACAUUAAUGAAAGGAAAAUUUAAGGUAGAAACAGAUCUAUGGGUCUUAAUCCUUCAUCUGGAAUUAACAAUAUGUAACUAGACUCAUCGUUUCAAUGCACAAGCAAACUUCAAUCAACUCUACCUUAUUUACAGUAAUAGAUACAAGCCGAAGAGUUCUAGCCAAGUUAAUAUAUUUUGAGCGAUAGAGACUAGUAGAUAUUCACUCCGAAAGAAGAGUAAAAUAGAAAGAGGUUUAAUCAUUUUAGACCUUAGUCCUAGGUCAUUAAUAGAAAUCAGCAAUAAUAGCACAAUAUUAUUCCUCAUAAUCAACUUACUUAUCAGCUAGAUGAUAUAAGCUCAAUCUCUGGCUAUGAUGGUUAGACUAAUAUCAAUGAAAAAAACAGCAUGCUUAUCAAUACUUUUAUAGCAGGUGGAGAUUAAACAGAAUCAUAAGCAUCAAAAGGUCAUCACAAGCAUCAACCCUCGUUAACUCGGUAGCCAAGUAUCAACCUUGGUGGAUCUGUAUCAUCCUCCCAUGUGAAAAAGCAGAAUAUGAGAAGAGAUAAAAGCGCAUACUCUGAGCUACCCUCUAACUUUGAUUUUAGGAACAACAAUAUGAUUGUGAAAAAAUUAGCGAAAAUCUAGAAGCCAAACUUAAACAUCAAAUCAAGCUAGGAGAUUCUGCUUACAUCUGGCUUCGUUUUGGAAAAUACAGUGGACUAUACUUUAGAAUUAGAUAUAAUUAGUUCUAAUAUGAACCAGAGACUUAUUGAAUUUACUGUUUAUCCUUAGAAUGGAAAUAAGGAUAAGAAAUCCAUAAUAUUUACUGCUAUUUCUGAGAGGAGAAAUCUUAUAAAAAGAAAUCUGAAGAAGGAUAAAAACUUCAAUCACUUCAUUGAUAAUAUGAUCAAUUCAGAUGAAGAUGAUAGAGUAAUUGUCUAGAACAGUCUAUUUGUACCUUUAAUUCUAUCGACUCAAAAGGUAAUUGGAGUUAUUCAAGUUGGGAAUAAUGAUAAAUAAUAAAUUUUUACUGAGCAAGAUCUCUAAACACUGUCUAUAAUCGCAGAUAAAUUUGCCAGAUAUCUCUAAGAUGCCAAGGAUUAGUUAAACACAAAAACUUUAUUUAAAAAGUAACUUGAGGUGUCCAAGCUUCAUUCAUCUCUAGAGAAUCAAUCAGUUACUAAAAUUCUAUAAUAUGCAAAUAAGCUGUUCUUAAGGGCUAAAUUUGAGCCGCUAAAAGCAGUUUGGAAAUUCUGUGUGAAAACUCAAAAAUACUUCACCAAAGUGUUUUCAUGUAAAUUCGCACAGAUUUUGAUUGUAGAUCAUAACCUUCAAGCCAUAUAAUCUUUCAAAGAAGAAAAACCUCUCAUAUAUAAUAGAGCUAGUUUUAAUGAAGAAUGUAUCGCAUCAGCUAUUGUAAGAAAUUAGAUUUAGGAUCCAGCGAUGUGGCCAGUGCCUAAUGACUAUAUACUAAUCGGUGAUGGAUUAGAUUCAGGAAUAAACAUGGCUAAGCAGCUGUUCCAUUAAAAUAUUGAUGCUCCUAUUGGAUUCAAUGAAAUUUGCCCUCAAACUUAUUUGGCCUGUAGUGUCAAGGAUAAAAAUGGAAACGUUCAGGCAAUUAUAUAGUUAAUAGGAAGGCAAAAUAACUUUAAAUUUGUGGAGUAAGAUGCAAAGCAUUUAGUUAUGCUAUGUGACCACCUUUCACAAAUAUUCGAAUACAUCCAUAAUGAAAAGUUCUUAUAAUAGCUUAGCACUGAACAAGCAAAGAAAUUAAAAAAAUUAGUAAAAACUCUAGCUAAAAAAGAGAAAAAGCAUUUCAAGGUAUUCUUCCAAGAGCUAUUAAGUUAUAGAUGGGGUAAAAUGAAUCUAUUAAAAAAUAAAAUUAUGAGGAAAUUCCUCGAUAGACAUAUGUAAGUAGAUAAUAUACUAUUGUAAAAAGUAAAAAAAAUGAGUGAGAUCAAGGGGAAAUUCGAAAAGCAGCAUAAAUAUAAAGCAUUCAGCUAACUAAGGGAGAAGAUUAAGAUAAUCAAUGAGAAAAGGCAGAAAAAUGCCUCAAAAUGUCUUAGCAUUAUUAAUAAGUAUGAUAAGUUACUAAGUAUAAGAGUAAAAGAUACUGCUUUUAGAUAUUGGGAUUAGUUUAAGAGAUCUGAUGCUAGCAAUAACAGCUUUGAAUUCCAAAAUAUUUCAAAUGAUUUCUAGCAAAGGAAUUAGCAAUUUAUUCAAAGUAGGUAAUUUAAAAAGCAUUUAAAGGUAGCAAGCACUGAUACUUAUUUCCACUCAACCUUCAAUGCUGUUGUCUAAGAUCAAAACAACAAUUCAAAUUAUGCAUCGGAUUGCAACUUAAUCAACCAGUCAAGUAUUCUAGAUGAAUCAAGUAUCACUUCUACUAUAUAUUAAAAGGCAAAAGCAGUCUACAAAUUUAAGAAAUUUUUUAAUGUCAAGAAACUUAGAAUAUACUUUGACAUUUUUCUAAUAAAAUCACUUUUUGGUUCAAUAAAGGUGAGUCCUCUGCUCUUUAAUGAAGAUACUGUUAGAUUAAUGAAGCUACACAAAGUAGUCACUAAAAGAGCAAACUCUCUAAGAACAAAAUUCUUUUAGGCAUUUAAAGGUUAAAAUGAGAGAGUAAUCUAAAGGUAAAAACUACUUUAGAAAAUUGUCAAAAAACAGAAUACUAAAUUUAUCACAUUCGGAGUAAAGACAUGGUAAUCACAGACAGAGCACUCAAUCAGAAAAGAUCUUAAGAAUGAGAAAUCAUAUGUAUCUUAGCUGAGUGAGCAAUGUAGGGAGGGGUCUGUUCUUUAAAUGAUAAUGCAAGGCAUAAAUAAGAUAUUUUCAAUAGAUAGAUUCUCAUCUGUAGAAGACUGUCUUAACUCAAUUGAAAUGAGAGCUCUCUUUGCAAGUCUUUGUGAAUUUCUUCAGAGUUAAACAUUGCAGCAGUACUCUGUAGUGAUAUCAUUCAGAAUGCCUGAAAACUAUCACUUGAAAGGCUAGCAAUUUGCCACAUUUAUCUAUCACUGUCAAGAUAUUGAUUUAAAUAAGACUGCUAUAAAUCAGCAACUAUCACAUCUCUCAUCAAUUAAUGACAUAUCAAGAGCAGAAAAGUUUUAAAACUAUGACAAUCUCGGCCAGUAGCCUAAUCAUUUUUCUUCUAUAUCAGAGGUUGGUCAUGGUGGUACUGGCACUAAUGUUAACUUUGACAAUAUCAAUACCAAUACUAAUAACGUCAUCGUAGCUAGUACACCUGCAUUUCACAUAUAGGAUUUAGGCAAUGAUAAAAUCAUAAAGAUUUUGUCCACCAACAAACAGCAAUUAAUUUUGUAAAGAAUCUAAGAUGACCCAAUUUUAUAAGAGUCAUUAAAUCUUAGGAAAAUUACAGACCAGGUACAGGCAUUGAUCCUUCCUUUACUAUAAAGAUCCUAUCCAAACAAUACUAAUUUGCCUUCAAUCAACUUAUUUGGUACAAUAGAGGUUUAUCAGAAGUAGAGUUUUGAUACUUCAUAGUAUUUUUAAGACGACUAGAUAAAGUUUAAAUCUUAUUCAAGUGUUAUCUAAAUAGGAUUGGAGUCACUAUAUCAAAGACUGUUCCUAAUUCAAUAGACUUACAAUCUGAAUCUGGAGAGAUAGCUUAUGGAGAUAGAGAGACCGAAUGAAUUGCCAACAAACUAGAAUCAUAAUCUUAGUUAUGUGGUGAAGUAUCUGUCAGAUAAGAUUAUUAAUACAUUUAAGGCUAAUCAUUGCUUGAUAGUCUUUUUGCCCUCAGAGAUUAGAAAGUAACUCAAAGGCACAUUUUACAACUUUGAGACGUGCAAGCUAUAUUAGAUUGACUUUACUGGAACAUUUUUCACACAAAUUAUUCAGUCAGAUACUCAAAGGAUUGUAACGUUUCCAAGCAGCUUGCUUUGUAGAAAUUUAAAUAAAAAUCCCCAGUAUACUAUUAAUGAAAGAUUUGAGACUUUAACAGGUUUACAGUAUGAAGCAAUUAAAUACAUACCUAUAUCAGAUCCUGAAAAGAACUCUCAAAUCAUGCUCUAUGUAGAAAUCGGAUGGAGCAGGCUGAGCGAGGCUUAAGAUUUGCAUGAAAAUGACUUUUAUCUUCAGAAAAAAGAAAAUUUGAUCAAAGAUAAGGUUAUGGAGCAGAUCAACUAAGUUCAUAGAAACCUUAAGUAUUUUGUCAUGAGUGUAUAGCCUAAACUAUCGAACUUGAAUUAGAAUGCUUACAUUUCAAACUGUUUCAAAACAUGGAAAUCCUACUGUAAUUUAGCUAGAAAUGCCUUCACCUCAACUAAAAAAGUGAGUCACACAAAUCUGCUAUCACCUCCCACGUAGAUUCAUUACAAUCCAAAUGAAGAUGUCAGCAGGUCCAGGUUCCAAUAAUACUAUACUGAAUCCAGAAAGAUCACUUUUGCUGAGAACUCACCAUCCUCUACAGUCGUAAAUUAAUCCAAGAAUAUUGUCUCGCCAUAACUUUCUAAUAUAUACUUCAACCAAACCAACUCGAUGAAUUUGUAAAACCCUUCUGCUUCAAAGUAUAAAAGAGGUAACUCAGCAUAAAAUCACCAAAGAAAAAUCUCAUAGUUGAGUAUCCCUGCUUAGCCAAUUUAAGAAGAGGCAGAAUUCUAACUAGAAACUGAGCUAGAAGUUGAGAAAGCGGCAAAGAGAAAACUAGUCUCAACCUCUUUGCUAUUCAUAUCUCUUUUGUCAAGGUCGCUAAGAAUGACUAAGACAAGAGAAGCUUUUAGAGAAUGGUCAUAGUACUGCGAGUAAGCAGCUAUUGCUGAAAGAGCUUUCAAUCAAAUUCUUGAAAUAAAUCACAAGCACUCAAAGAUCAGAUAUGAGACUGGUGUCAAUAUGAUAGACAGAAUGUUCAAAAAAGAUCACUUAAGAUCAGUAUUAGCAUAGCUGAUGGGGCACACCUAGAACUACAGUAAUAGAUAAUUCAAAAGUAAAGGUAAUAAAGUAGUAAAUGGACAUCAAAGAGUGAAGUCUUAAGAACACUAUCAUCAUCAGUAAAACCAGCACAAUCUAUAGUACAUAAAUCAAAAUCACGUAUAUGGAAUUGGAAACGGACAUAAAAUGAGAACUAGCAACAAUGUUAUCAAUAAUGAGAUAUUGAGGGAGAUUACUCUAAGCAGGGGACUAGAUACUCAGCAAUUCGAAGAUGAUGUGUUUACUAUGCAAGAGCUAGAUCAGAGCAUUCUCGAUGAAGUCAAAAGAGUAGAGUUCCAUUCAAGACCUUCAAACAAGGCUAACAAUGCAUUCAAUACUAUUAUGAUAAAAGAUGAGGCAAUCAGUGGCGGUUUUACUGAUAAUGAGCUAGACAGUGAGUUCAGCUUGGGAAACGGUACUAAAAAUAUGAUUAAACUCAAAGCAGAAAGCAUUCUUGAGCAGGCAAGGAAUGAAUUUAAGACAAGAAGCAGCCAAGUCAGAUAAUCUCUAGAAUGA